AUGGCUCCGUCCCUGCUUCUCGCCUCGAGCUGCCUGCUCCUGGCGUCCGUGGUCACGGCUAAGGUGUGCAACGACUACACCGGCCACGGCGUGGACGCGGCGUGGUCGGCCAAGGACGUGCCCAUCAUGGUGCUCAUGCCCAUGAAUGAGUCGGCGCUCAUGAGCAGCAUCAGCCAGGGCAUCGAGCCCGCAGUACAGCUCGCCAUCCGCCACAUCCGCGAGUCCGGCAACUACUCCUUCUCCCUCAUCACCAAGAUCUACGACACAGAGUGUGACAAUGCAAAAGGAUUAAGGGCCUUCUUCGAUGCAAUCUGCUACGGUCCCAAACAUUUAAUGAUCUUUGGUGGAGUGUGUCCAUCAGUGACGUCCAUUAUUGCGGAGUCGUUAGGGGGCUGGAACCUGGUGCAGCUUUCUUUUGCGGCAACAACUCCUGUCCUGGCAGACAAGAAAAAGUACCCCAACUUUUUCCGAACAGUUCCCUCAGACAAUGCGGUGAAUCCAGCUGUGGUGAAAUUCCUCAACUACUACAACUGGAGCAGAGUUGGCACAUUGACCCAAGAUGUCCAGAGAUUUUCAGAGGUGCGCAAUGAUUUGACCAGUGAGCUCGAGAAGGCCAAUAUCCAGAUAGCAGACACAGAGAGCUUCUCAAAUGACCCCUGUGUUAAUGUGAAGAAACUAAAGGAUAAUGAUGUGAGGAUCAUCAUUGGCCAGUUUGACGAGAACCUGGCCUCUAAAGUCUUCUGCUGUGCCUAUAACCUCAACAUGUAUGGCAGUAAGUACCAGUGGAUCAUCCCAGGAUGGUACCAAGGCAAUUGGUGGGAGCAGGCUAACUCCACCAACUGCACCACCAAGAAGCUGCUGACAGCCAUGGAGGGGUAUAUAAGUGUGGACUUUGAGCCUCUCAGUGCCAAGCGCAAGAAAGGAAUCUCUAGACGGACACCUCAGGAGUAUGAGCUGGAGUACACCAGGGAGCGUGAGCAGAAAGGUGUAGAGGCCAGCAAAUUCCAUGGCUUUGCCUACGAUGGCAUCUGGGUGAUUGCUGAGACGCUGAAGAGUGUUAUGAAACUUCUCCAGAAGCGGCAUGAUAUGUACCACAACAUGACUGUGGAUGACCGAGAGGUGGGCAAGAUGGUACUGGACGUGAUGAAUGAAACCAACUUUUUUGGAGUGACGGGUCAGGUGAUGUUUAGGAAUGGAGAGCGCAUGGGAACCAUUAAAUUCACACAGUUUCAGGAGGGCCAGGAGGUGAAGGUGGGCGAGUACAACGCUAUCGCCGACGUGCUGGACCUUAUCAAUAACACCAUCAGGUUCCAAGGUGUGGAGCCUCCGAAGGACCAGACAAUCGUGCAUCAGCAGCGACGGGACAUCAGCGUGCCUCUAUAUAGCAUCCUGUCCACCAUCACCAUACUGGGCAUGCUCAUGGCAGGCGGCUUCCUCUUUUUCAACAUCAAAAACCGCAACCACAGGCUGAUCAAAAUGUCGAGUCCUUACAUGAAUAACCUGAUCAUCCUGGGAGGGAUGCUCUCUUAUGCCUCCAUCUUUCUGUUCGGCCUGGACGGCUCUUUUGUCUCAGAUAAGGUGUUCGAGACCUUGUGCACUGUUCGCACGUGGAUCCUCAUCGUGGGUUACACAACAGCGUUUGGAGCCAUGUUUGCCAAGACCUGGAGAGUGCAUGCCAUUUUCAAGAACGUAAAGAUGAAGAAGAAGAUUAUCAAGGACCAGAAGCUGCUGAUCAUCGUAGGGGGGAUGCUGCUGAUUGAUCUCUGCAUUCUCAUAUGCUGGCAGAUUGUAGAUCCCCUCAAGAGGACAGUUGAAAAGUACAGCUUGGAGGCGGACCCUCAGGGGCGAGACAUUGCUAUCCGGCCCUUCCUGGAGCACUGUGAGAACACGCACAUGACCAUUUGGCUGGGGAUCGUGUAUGCCUACAAAGGCCUCCUUAUGUUGUUUGGUUGUUUCCUGGCCUGGGAAACAAGGAACGUCAGCAUUCCUGCACUGAACGACAGCAAGUAUAUUGGUAUGAGUGUGUACAACGUUGGCAUCAUGUGCAUCAUCGGGGCGGCUGUGUCCUUCCUGACUCGAGAUCAGCCGAAUGUGCAGUUCUGCAUCGUAGCCCUGGUCAUCAUCUUCUGCAGCACUAUCACACUGUGCCUGGUGUUUGUGCCAAAGCUUAUCACAAUGAGGACAAACCCAGAUGCAGCCACUCAGAACCGACGACUGAAGUUCACACAAAACCAGAAGAAAGAUGACUCAAAGACCUCCACGUCUGUGACCAGCGUUAACCAGACCAACACUUCUCGCCUGGACACCCUGCAGACGGACAACCACAGCCUCCGCAUGAGGAUCACAGAGUUGGAUAAGGAGUUGGAGGAAGUUACCAUGCAGCUUCAGGACACUCCAGAGAAGACGCCCUAUAUCAAGCAGAACCACUAUCAGGAUGUCAACAACAUCCUGAGCAUACGUAACUUCACAGAUGGAAAAGAUGGUGAGAAAUCUGUUCUGAAAAAUCACCUGGAGCAGAAGCCCCAAGCACAGUGGGGAUCUAUGGACCCUUCUAGAAUAAACAGAGGCCCACUAGAGGACAUCAACUCCCCAGAACACAUACAGCGCAGGCUGUCUUUGCAGCUGCCCAUUCUGCACCAUGCCUAUUUACCCUCCAUAGGAGGGGUGGAUGCCAGCUGCAGCCCCACCAGCAGCCCAGCAUCUAGCCCCCGCCACAGACAGCACAUGCCCCCCUCCUAUAGGGUCAUGGUGUCUGGCCUGUGAGUGCUGCCACGGCCCUGCGCUCCGAGGAAGAGAGUCUCCGUUUUAUAUUCAACAGACUGAGCCACGUCAGCAAUUAACGGAAGCGUGUGAGUGACGCGGGGGGUCCGACUCUUCAUAAAUCCAUGAUCCCCCCACCCCCCAUCCACUUCUAUGGUCUAUGUCAGAGCAGAACUGAUUCACCAGGCUGUGAGGGCGGGGGGGCCACUGGACGUCCUCACACACCCACAGUGCCCAGAAACACCCAUUCCCCACCACCACCCACCCUCAAAGCGCCCCUACAAUUCCAGUUCCCCAAUCUUAAACAACCAGAGAGAAGCAACAGAGGAUGCCAGCUGUGCUGUAGCCUUAUCUGCUUCAAAGGGGGUCUCUCAAAAACACCCUUUUUGUUGUCAAAAACAUGGACCCACUGUCAGCUUGUCGACUUGUCGGACUUUAGUAGCUUGCUGCUGGUGUUCCACGGCACUGACGCUCCAGACGUGACCUAGGACUCAUCCUGUUAACCGUGCUAACAGUCAUGUAAAUAUCAUCAUCCACAUCAAAGCAAGUUCUCAGUAUGCUGUGAAACUAAUUACUCGGGUCGGUGGAUUCAGAUAAGGCUGGGCACUUCAGAAAAUGGCCUCUGAAAAACUUUAGAAAGUGACUGUUGACAAAAACAGAAAAGGCAUUAUAAGCUGGUUGGUACGAUCCUCCUGGCACUGUUUAAGUGUAGACUCAUGGUGUGGAAAAUGCAAGUGUUAAAAGUGAGACAAUUGUGACUUUCGCUAACCACAGCUAGCAAGGGUCACACAGCACCAUGGGCCAACUCUGUUAUGUGAAGAGAAGUACACUGCAGAUUUGUCACAAUGCUAGAUUUGCACCAUAUAUUUUCCUUAAAAAAUCACACCAACCUGAUCUGGGUAACUGGUCAUUAAAUUAUUAUACUGACUUUUGGUUCAAAAUGGCUGAGAGAGGCAACUACACUAUAGAGGCCUUGAGAUGUCCUUAAAGACCAGCCAAGAGACCCUCUGUAAAAUCGUGUGUGAGCAUUCACUCUCACGGGAGCCAGUAUGGAAGUGCACAAGCCUUAUGGUCAGGUAAGAUAUCUGGGGCAAUCCAGAGGGCCAGUCUUCCAUUUCAGUGCGUGGGCCUUCUCUCAUAGAGAUCGUAGUCAAAAACAAACGCUGGUCGAUAGACCACCCUUCCGAGGCUUGCGCUUCGGCCCUUGGCAGUGAACUGACUUUGGCAUGCAAUCAAAGUCAUCUUUGAAGGCCUAAUAGCUCCAAACAAGGGAAAUAAUAUGGAUCAGAAGCAAAAAUACAAGAGUGUCAUCAUGAGAAGUCCACUGGUUAAAGCAGGGUGGACCGUACAGGUGGAAAGAUGAAAACUGUUAGCGAUUUGCAGCACAAUUAUGGACCUUUCUUACUUUUUAAACAGUAAAUUGGUCACAUGAGCAAAACCUCACUAUUGCCCUUCAGUGCAGUUUGUUUUUUAUUAUUCUCCUGCUGCAGGUUUUGUUCACGGAAUACGAAUCAUCUAGCGAUUCUUGUAGCUUGAGCCGAAAGGAGCUUGGAUGGAGAGCGAGCUGUCAGCCGCACGUCGUUCGCUCACACACUGAGGACUAAAUCACAGGCCCAAGGCGCAGGAGGAGUUCUGCUCCCCGCCCCGAGUGGCAAUGGAAAUAUAUCACAUGGCACUUAGCAACAGUGAACAUACCUCAUGGUUGCUAUAGAAAUGUAACUCUGUCCUGUGAACUUUGCACAAAUGUCUCACAGAUAUAGGGAGCAUAGGCGUAUAGCUGUUGUCGUACUAUUUUUUGUAAACCUAUAUCAAGACAACAAAGGAAUUGUAUUUAAAAUGCAAAACAUUGGAAUAAGCUAAGUAUCAUCCCUCUCGAGAACAACAUUUCCUUUCUGCAGAUAUCUCACCGCUGGUGUCUUGGAUUUAGUUUUCGUCGCGUUCGUUGAAUGCUGUGCCUGUGGUCUUGUACUUGGAGCCUAAAUAACAUUGUAGAAUUUGAGCUCAUCAGGCAAAGAAAUACAGCUGUUACCAUUUGAUAGUAAAAUACAACAUGGGUUUCUUUCAUAGCUUCAGCAUAACUGAAUUUUUGGUGUGCUAGGGUCAGAAUAAUUUAACAUUAACUUAUUUUUUUUUAUUUAUUUUUGCUUUCAGUGCAAGUUAUUAUCCAAGAGGCUGUUAGUGCUAGCUUGCCUCACUUUCAGUAACAGCAGAGAAGAACUUUAAAAACAGAGCAGUGUCAAGCAAAAACUCCAUAAUGCCACGGCACCUCAGUCUGAUCCAUGAUCUACAAGAGGGUUUCAUUGUCAUGAGCUCAUUUAAAAGUACUAACUCAGAAUCACUUUUUAGAUGUUUUUUUUAUUAUUAUUUUUCUCUUUUCCAAGGAGAUCCAGCUGUCACUACAAACAACCCCCCCAGUUUGGAAUCGCCUUCAUUCGUGCAAAUUUAUUGAUACAGUUCAAGCCUCACGUUUCUUUGGGAGGGUUUUCCCACAGUAGCUUCGUCAUCCCACAACAGCAUGCACACAGAAUUAGGUACGUAGUGCCUGGACUUUGUACUGCAUCUGAGGGCUUUGGGAGUGCUGAGGAUGCUUCUUAUUCUAGAUUAGUAAUCCAGCAGUAAGAUUACAUGUGUAUACAGACCAGUGUGAGAACAAAUGGUCAUGAAAUCAAAGCAAAAGCAAAAAAGGGGAAUUUUGCUUGGCCACCUAAGCUUACCCAACCUUCUGUAGAUCUUCAUUACUCUAUCGUAUUUUCCAUCUCUAAGUGAAACCUGCAGGUUCAGUGAAGUUCAGAGGUUGUAAAAGGGCUCACUAAUAUUCAACUGAUCAUUUCCUGAGCCAUCGCCUUGAUUUUUGGGGUAGACCUCUGGAGUUAAGCAUGCUCAACUGCUAUUCUGAGGCUGUACUUUUCUGGAGUUUUACUGUGACCCAGUAUCAUGGAAAAAGGCAAACAUCUCUAAACAUCUAGGCUAACUUAGAAAUGAUGGACUCCUUGAAUUUAAAGUUAUGCUGGAAGGAGUUCUGAUAACAAAAACAAAUGCCCAGAAUGUGCGUUUUUAAUUCUAUUUCCAGGCAAGCUGAAAUGUCAGCAUAUAUUUUGUAGCUGAUAAACUAGCUUCUGCUUGUACUUGGAGAUGAGUCUCAAGGAAUAUUCAGUAAUAAAUGAUCAUGACUCAUCACUUUAAACUGGAUAUGAAGUCCAUACUAGAAGUCCACUGCUCUUGUUGUAAAGAUCCAUUCUGUAAGAUUGAAUCAUUUCCUCAUUAAAUAAAUGUAGUUUGCAUAUCUAAAUGAUAUCUAGAGAAUCAGCUCUAUACAGCUCUAUUGCAAACCUGGACCAGUUGGAAGGCAAAGGUUUUAUUUUAGGUUUAUUUACUAGAUUUUUAAACUUUUUAUGUACCUGUAAGUCAAAGUGUUGUCAAACACUUUAAUCCAGACCAGUCAUCACAAUAUUUUGCAUCCAUGAAAAUCACCAAGUGAAGGUGUGUAAUCAUCCUUUUAAUACAUUAACAAAAAAGAAAACGAUAAAACAUCCAUAUUUCAUAUUAGGUUAUGAUUAAUGGAAGAGGCUGGAAUAUGUCUAGAACUGAUUUUAUAACACAUUUUGUCACUUCCAUACAUGGUAUACUAUGCAUACAUUGUAGAAUUUAUUUUCCUUACUAAAUUCUAACAAAUGCACAACAUUUAUGAAAGUGGCAAUAAUUAGCUCUAACAGGCUGUCUAGACUGAUAUUCUGAAGUCAUUUCACACUGGAAGGGAGAGUCAUUACAAAAUCAAUGGCGACAAGAUCACAUUAUGUGCAUGUAACGCCCAGUCAAAAACCCUGAGAACUGGCAUUUCUCUGAUAUGAGGAACAGUAGAACUGGAAUUGCAUUCCUGCACCAUAUGAUAAGGAAUAAAGUUACAGCACUGAACAGAAGUCAGAGACCACCCUUUAUUUACUUAUUUUACAGUCAAAACAGGUGUUAGGUAGAAGUUGUUGGUUUUUCAGGAGGUAUUUCUAAGGAGAUUAUAUGUGAGAUAAUCUAAUAAAUGUUUAAAACUGGAGGUCAAAAAGCGCAACCAACUUCUGAAGACUGAACUUUGGAGGUGUGAAAAGAUAUACCUGCAAUAAAGACAAAGAGGGGACACUAACCUGACUUGUACUUAAUGUAUGUUUUGACUGAUAAAUAAAUGAAGGAUGUUCUCAUACUUUUGCACAGUACAGUAUGCACAAUGUUUCCUCCGGACCAAUGAAUCCAAGAUCUCUUUGGAUUAAUGAUCUACUGCACACAUUUACAAACCUGCUAAAAGGAGCAAGAAACGACAUUGGAUGUUGGCCAGAAACUCUUAGCUCAAUGUAAAUAUGGUGACCACGAACACUGAUUACCUUGUCAUUCAGUGCAAUGAGAAGAACUGUGAAUUUAUGACAGACCUUCAUUUGCUUCUCUGGGUAAAUCAGUGAGUGACCAAACCACCGAGGUUACUCUUUGCUUUUAUUUUGGGAGCGUUAUGUAAUUUUAAUCUAAAUCACUAAGUGUGGAUGUGUGUGAGUGUGAGCGUGAGUGUGUGUGUGUGAGUGUGAGUAUGUCUAUUGACUGAACACAUGGUUUACUCAUUGACACAGAGGUUCAAAAAGUGCAGCAUGGAACUUGAUUUGUGGAGUGUCUUCUUGUUACUGGCAAUAAACUGAAACCAAGUUAAUAGCUGAGAUCUUGGUCACUUUGUCAUGUUACCCACAAAACAUUUAACACUGGACAACAGCUAUUGGGGCAAAUAGAUUCACCUUUUGCUAAAUGUAAGCCUGGACUAUCAAAGGCUCCUUUUUUUGGAGGUAACUAAUGUGCAUUUACUAGGACAAUGUGGAACAAUAAGAAAGGCCUCCUCAAUACCCCAAAAGAACGAAGGACUAUUUCUAAUGUAUAUAAUGUAUACAACACAUUUUUCUGUAGAGGUAUUAAUCUAUGAUAGUGGGGGACGUUACAAAUGACGUAAAAAAAUUUACAGAAUGUUGACGGUGAGUGUGUAUGUCUGUUUGCCACUCUGUGAAAAUGUGCCGUCUUCAAGUUUACACAUCGCUAUUCAAAACUAUUUAUUCUGUGCUGGAAGACUUCUCUUUUUUUGACUUACCAGAACAUCGGUGCCCAUCAAGAUCAAAAAGAUCCACAAUUUCUAUCUUUUUUUCUUUGUUCUUUUUGUUUUCUUUUUAUAUCCAGUACUUUUGCCAGUGUACACUUCUGUGCUCCACGACUGUCCUGAUCAGUGUGUUUGUACUAGCACACACACACACACACACACACACAGGAGCUGUUGAAAAAUCAAAGUGGAUGUGCUCAUUUCAUAUUCUUGUACCCUUAAACUGCAUGGAGAUCAUAACAUUUUUAAUAAAUUAUUGCAAAAAAUGUUUUUUAUUAAUAAAAUAAUCAAAAUGAA